AUGUCUUCAUCAGUCACCUCUCCUAAAAGAAUUAGAAAGUAUUAUGCUAUUGAGGGGCUGAAUUCUCAUCAUGUUACUAAUAAUGUAAUUGCUUCUCAAAGAUUAUCGAGUCGAUUAAUCAAAAAGUUUGAUAUUAUAGGACAAUUUAAACACUACAAUGUAGUAUCUGUUGUAAAUUUACAGGAGAGAGGAGAACAUGCUUAUUGUGGAGAUGGAAUUUUGGAAAAGAGUGGAUUUUCAUAUGAUCCUGAGGAGGAUUUAAUGAAACAUAAGAGUAUGUAUAAUAUUGUCUUUAGAUUUGAAUUUUUGAAUUUCUAUCAGUUCAAUACUAUAGUUAUGCUUUCCAAGACAUGUCAAUACCAGAUUUAA